AUGGCGCUGGCCGACGAGCAGCAGAACUGGCCUGAUAGCCAGCCUCCUGAGAUGGAAGCCGCCGACUCUCCCACCGACGUCGAGUUGGACGGCGAAGAGGUCUCAGGCGCCGAGCCCGAGCCUGCUGCUGUCAAGAAGGCGAGCCGCAACGCAUACUACAAGAUGCGCCGCUUUGCGACCAGCCCGAGAAUCACGCAGUUCCCCCACAUCGCCAAAAUCUGGCGCGCCGGCAGUGAAGACCAGAAGAAGGACCUUCUGAGCCAAUGGGUCACCACCAACGGCAAUGCUUCCAGCAUUGAGGCCACGUUGAACCUUCGCUCCAGCAUGUCUCACAAGCUGGACGAGGUGGAGGAGUUGCUGACAAUCAAGCAGAUGAAACAGCGAGAUGUGUCGCAGCGCCUUAGCUCUUGUUGGUUUGUGAGUAUUGUUUGCAUCAUGCGUUUGCCACCAAGGCAGAAAAUUGAUGCCACCGUGGCAUCCCAGCCGGGCGUCCCAGAUCCUGCCUGUCCCGCUAGCAAAGAUGACGUCCGGUACUGGAUCACCAUGAGUGUGAAGCGGGCAAAAGCUCAGUCCACUGAGCUUGAGUCCACUAUCAGCGGCCGGGUCGAUCCACAGGCGGCCUUUCAAGCGAUGAAUGGGAGCGGGCUUCUCUCUGCUCUUGGAGCCACGCGGAUUGCUAGCAGUAGUGGCCCCUCCGUGGCGGAUAUGAUCCCCGGGGGCGCCAUGGCCAUGCAGCAGUUCGCAGCAAGCGUAAGCCCUGCAGCAUCGCUGCCAGAGCCGCCGGCUACACAAGGCCUCUUGCCAGAUGUAAGUACACCAGCGCCGAAAGCAAAGCCUGUUCCCAAGAAGAAGGCCAAAGCGCAGCCAGGAGAUAAAGCUGAGCUCGGGCCGAUGGGUCUCCGCGUUGAGGGGCUGACGCUUGCCAAGCGUAUGGACAAGUUGCGCCAGAUUGCCACCUGGCAAAAGAUGGAGCAGUGGAACGACGGCAUCCAGGGGGUCGCCGACGAGGUUGCGGCCGUGCGUGUGAAGAAAGCCCAAGUCAAGGCCACCAUGCAAGAGCUCAAGAAGCCGCUGCCUGAGAAGCGCGCAUGCGCGCAGUUCGAUAUGUUCUGCACGGCGCGGGCCUUAAGGCAGUCCGCCCUGAAGGAAGCGCGGGCUCACCAGAAGCUCAGAGCAGCCGACCUGACCUUCGACGCCCUGGUGACGUACUGCACAUUGCCCGUGCAAGACGAGCAGGGCAUGCAGGUAGAAACGCAGUGGCCCUUCCUCCUACCGCACACCAUGGCCGGAGCCCUGGUUCGCCACGGCUACCGUGAUGUGCUCGGCACUUGCAGCGCUGAGUAUUGGCAAAUGCAAGCCGCGCAUGGUAUCACUGCGCCCGGCCCUGACAGCAUUCCCCUUUUGCUGUUCGGCGACGAGGCCGAGUGGAACAGCUGCACGUAUAUGGCUCUGCAUUGGAUGGCGGACUGCGCCGAUGUUCGUGUGCAACAAGAUUCUCGAAUGUCGCGAUACUUGAUUUGCGUCAUUCCAUCACAUGUUCACUGCCACGAGGAGGAUUCCAACAUCAACUACACAUUGCAGGCUGCGUUGCAGCACAUCGCGCAGAGCUUCGACUGCCUUCGAGCUGAAUGCAGCGUGCGGGCGCAGCUGGCUGGCAUAAAAGGCGACUGGAAAUUUUUGUGCCAGGCCUUAAAUUCUUGCCGCACAUACAAUCACAACUCUUGCUGCCUCUGGUGCGACGCGACGCGCGAUGGCGCAUUUCCAUAUACCGAUGUCGCUGAAACAGCGAGCUGGCGCAGCACAUUGUAUCUCAGCGAUCCAUGGGUGACCCCGCCAGCUCUUGCUACCUUGGGGGGCAUAUCGUCAAUCCUGCGCAUCGUGCACAUCGACUUGAUGCAUGCCAUCCAUCUGGGGGUGGGCCGAGAUUUAGUCGGGUCCGUGUUGUACCUCUUGGUUCAUGCGAGGCGUGGUGGAGCAUUUCGUGGAUCCAAUAUCAAAAAACGCUUUCGCCACGCCACGACUCUUUUCCUUUCUUCGCCGCACAGCAAAGGCUUCCCAAAGCACUUCUUGAUGCACAAGGACUGGGUUGGCAUGCGCAGCAAGAAGCAAUAUGUGGAGUGCCACUCCAAAGCCGCCCAGACAGGCUCGCUGAUUCAGUGGCUGGCAGACUUCCUUGGUGAGUGCACCGACGAGGUAGCCCCCCGCCCCUUGAAGGCAUGCGUGUGGUGCUUGAACGCCGCAAUGACUGUGCUCUUCAAAGCCAGGGCCGCUGGCCAACACACCCUCACCGAUGCUCAGGCGAGGCAGGCCCAUGAGUUUGGCUACACCUUCCUGAAGCUCUACCUCCAGCUUCAUGCCAGCUACCGCGGGAAACUGACCUAUAAGGUCUUCAACCCACGGCCAAAGUACCACCUCCUCUGCCACUUGUUUGACGAUCUUGUUCAGAACCGCCGCAACCCGGCCCGCAGUGUCAAUUUCAUGGACGAGGACUCCCUGCGAAAGACCGGCCACAUCAUCAAGAAAUGCCAUGCUAAGACUGCUGCGCUCACCGUGCUGCAACGCUACUUGGUGGGCUUGAAGCCCAAGAUGCAGGAAGCGUUUGAGAUCACCAAAAAUAAGGCCUGGCGGCACGAGCCACCAUCCAAACUUGAGCCAUCCUGA